UCUACUACAUAAUUUCGUCAAUGGAAAGCGAAGGAGAAAAAAGAAAACCGGAUAACAACGACGUCGUUUCAACGUCCGCUACGAAGAAGCCGAAGGAGGAAACGGAAGAGUUAACGGAGGAGGUAGCGGAAGAGGAAGUGGAAGAAUUCUUCGCGAUACUACGAAGAAUACAAGUUGCCGUUAAGUAUUUCAAUAGAGUUGACGGAGCUAGCACUAGUGGACGGAAAAUGACGGAGGAGAUUGAUCAAAAUCUCUCCGAUGAAAUCAUCGGAGAUAAUGAAGACAUGAAAGAGAAAGAGAAAGAGAAAGAAAAUGAAAAAAAUGUUGAAGAAAAUAAUAAAGGUUUUGAUCUUAAUAUGGAGCCAUAUAAUCCUCAUGAUGAUCAUGAGAAUAAUUCAAGUUAGAUUAUAUUUAUUUUUUAGAUUUUAUCGUGGUGUAAUUAAUAUUGUAAUUCUUUUUAAUAAUCUUCUGUUAUUUGAAAUUUACUAAUUCGACUAUAUGAUUUAAACUUUGUAAUUACAGCUCGAUUAAGAGGGAAGCGCCCUUCCCAUAUCCAAUCAUUCUUAGCUUGGAGAUGGUAAUAAAGGUAAGAUUUUUAU